AUGGAGAGUUGCAAGGCAGUAGCAACUCUUUUGGUUUUUGGUACUAAACUGAGCAAAGAUGAUGGUGGAGCUAAAGUUGAUGAAACUCGCAACAGAAGAUUGAUAGGAAGCUUAUUAUACUUAUCCUCCACAAGGCCAGAUAUCAUGUAUGCUACUAGCUUACUUUCAAGGUUCAUGCACAAGCCAUCUGAGAGCCAUUUGUGUGUUGCUAAAAGAGUUCUCAGGUAUGUCAAAGGAACUCUAAGUUUUGGCUUGAAAUUCUGUAAGAAUGAAAAUCAGAAGCUUCAAGGCUUUAGUGACAGUGAUUGGGGUGGAAGCUUGGAGGAAUCAAAAAGCACUUCUAGGUACUGUUUCUCAUUUGGCAUUGCAGUGUUUGCUUGGAAUUCUAAGAAACAAAGUAUAGUGGCAUAG